AUGCUGGAGACUGCGCUCUCAAACGCCUCGCCGGCUACAACAGGUCUUGCCCUGUUGAUGCUGUGCACGCUGUUCAAACUCUGCCAAGCCAUAUACCGAGCCAAGCUUCACCCUCUUUCGAUGAUUCCUGGUCCCCGGUUUCCCACCAUGUCUUCCGUCUGGAUACGUUGGCAAAGAUGGCACGGCCGCCUUUCCUUUAAGGCUGACCAUCUACUAUCAAAUAAUGGGCCGAUAGUUCGUAUAGCACCAAAUAUGGUGCUCAUCAACGACGUGGAGUCUGUGCAGGCACUGUUCUCAAGACUAGACCUCGAUACUGCACCGAAAUCUGACCGAGCUCUGCGUAUCGGUGGCCAUGAGUGGACUGUCACUUAUCCAGGGAAUCCUGUCGCCCGUCCACGUCGUCGCCCGGUCAUGAUUGCGACAACUACAAAGGCGAUGCGCUAUUGGCAGCCAAUGUUUGAGAAGAAUAUUACGCAGAUGGUUAACGAUCUGAGUGCAUCGCGUGGCAAAAGCUCGGAAGACAUCGUCCAUCACUUACGCAUCGCCACCCUCUUGAAUUCUCAGCUUGUCAUGGCGGGCCCGCACUCGAACCUGGAGCCAGGAGAUUUCCCCCAUGUCGUGGGCGAGUACAAUUUCCUCGUCGUGUGGCGCCUCUGCCUUCCAGAAUGGCUCUUUACGUGGCUCAAGGCGAGUCCUUUUAGACAUGCUGCCUUUCGAAUUCGAUCCAGUGACCGCUUAUUCGAGCUGGGUGAGAAGACAGUCGAAGAAGCGGAGAGCUGGUCAGGUAGCGAUGAAGUGUCUACUGUAUAUGAAAUGCUUGUGGAAAGCAUGGCGGACCAGCUUUCCAGAGACAGCAAGACAGAAAUGAGUGCUGAGAUGGCCGGUCAGAUUCUCGCUGCGACCGAGACGACCUCCUCAGCUCUCGCUUUCAUCUUUUACUAUCUUGCCAGCACACCUAGCUUAGUAGAAGCUCUAUAUACGGAGCUACAGUCGGUAGAAGGGUUCAAUGGCCUCGAGAAUCUGAAACUACUCAAUGCAUGCAUCACAGAGGGCCUUCGCUUCCGCCCACCAGUUGCUCUGACCGGCAGUCGGGUCGUACCACCAGGAGGGUUAAACAUUUUAGGAUAUUACCUACCAGCCGGAACCGUCGUGACCACACAAUCACUCUCACUCAGCCGACAGAGGCCAGACCUAUUCCCCAACUACGAUGAGUUCGACCCGUUGCGCUGGCUAGACACUGAUACAACGGUAGUCACUGAGCGUCGACGUUACCUUGCGCCGUUCGGCUUGGGUGCUCGUCGCUGUCCAGGCGGGAACAUGGCAUCUUACCAGAUGCGUAUGAUCUUGGCAGCUGUCAUCCGCGAGUUCCGUCUGUCAGUCGCACCCGAGACUACGCCUUCGUCAAUGGCGCCAUUCGAAGCAAACGGUUUCCGUUCGCGCCAGGACGCGUGUAACCUGCUUUUUAUCCCUAGGGAUCUAGACCCGCAACCUGGGCCAAGAGGAUGUGAAUGUGGACCCAAGUGUGAUUGCAUUGAGUGCCAUUGCGUUCAUUAUGAAGAGCAUUAG